AUGGGUCUUUUUAAUAAGCCCAUUAUCAUCGAUGGUAAAGAUCACCUCCUUGGACGUCUUGCCUCGAUUGUAGCCAAGCAGCUGCUUCAGGGCGAGAAGGUUGUCGUUUUGAGAUGCGAGGAAAUCAACAUUUCUGGAAAUUUUCAUCGAUCGAAGCUGAAGUACAUGAGUUUUCUUCGUAAGAGAUGUAACAUUAACCCCGCUCGUGGUGCUUUCCACUACCGAUCACCUGGAAAAAUUUUCUGGAGGACCGUGAGAGGUAAGCGGAUUUAG